CACCAUUUCUUACGGGAGAGAGGAUAGCCAAAGCCCUCUCCCUCUCCCUCUCUCUCUCUCUCUAGAAUACAACUAUAUAUGCGCAGAAACUCAAUCGCGUACAACGCAGCAUAUAUAUCUAAAACCAUCGUUGCCCAUGUUUCGGUUGUGAUGAACAUACUAUAAAUAUACAAUCUUUGGGAAUUCUAACAAAGACUGAAUUUUGGUAAAUAAGUAAAAGGAAAGAGGGAAGAAAAAGAAGAGGGCACUUCAGCCUUCCUGCUUCUCUCUAGAAAGCAUCUCAGAUCUUGAAAUUGAUAUUUUUUCUUUUUAUUUGGGGUUCUGGAUUCUGGGGUUGCUGUUACUUUCGAUCUGUCAAAGAUCAGAUGCUCUCUUGUUGAAUAAGAAUUUGCAAUUUAUUGUUUUGAAGUAGGAAACUCCCCUGGUUUAAGUUCAAGUUUUUGUCCUUAAGGUGAGCUGAGGAUGGAAAUGGAUGCUGGGAAGCUGUUUAUUGGUGGGAUUUCGUGGGACACGAGCGAGGAACGUCUGAGACAGUAUUUCCAAGCUUUUGGUGAAGUGGUGGAAGCUGUGAUAAUGAAGGAUCGUGCUACAGGCCGUGCUCGUGGCUUUGGUUUCAUUGUUUUCGCAAAUGCUUCAGUUGCUGAAAAAGUUGUGAAGGAAAAACAUGUCAUAGACGGCAGAACUGUGGAGGCAAAGAAAGCUGUUCCGAGGGAUGACCACCAAAACUUCAACAGAAACAGUGGCAGCAUUCAAGGGUCCCCUAGUCAAGUCCGCACAAAGAAGAUUUUUGUCGGAGGUUUAGCAUCAACGGUCACAGAAAGCGACUUCAAGAAGUACUUUGAUCAAUUUGGAAUAAUCACUGAUUUAGUUGUGAUGUAUGAUCACAAUACACAAAGGCCUAGAGGUUUCGGUUUUAUAACUUAUGAUUCAGAGGAAGCAGUUGAUAAAGUUCUAUUCAAAACCUUUCAUGAGCUUAACGGGAAAAUGGUUGAGGUUAAGAGAGCAGUUCCCAAAGAGUUAUUUCCAGGACCAACACGAAGCCCUUCACCCGGCUAUAACUAUGGCCUCAAUAGAGCAAACAGUUUCCUUAAUGCUUAUUCGCCUGGAUAUAAUCCAAAUUCUACAAGUGGAUAUGGAAUGAGAAUGGAUGGUCGCUUUAGUCCUGUAACUGCUGGUCGAAGUGGAUAUCCUCCCUACAGCCCCAGCAAUCAUAACUUAGGACUGAAUUUGGAUUCUGGCCUCAGUUUGAACUAUUGGGCGAGUAGGGAUUCUGGUUUGGGCUAUGGAAAUGGGACGAACUCUUAUUUUAGUGGAGAUAUAAGUCGGUAUGGCAGUUCCAAUGGGUAUGACUUAGUCAGCGGUGGAAGUAGUUCUUUGCUGAGUAGUACGAACCGGAACAUGUGGGGAAAUGGUAGUCCUAGUUUUGUUACAGACUCUGCAAAUUCUAAUGAUUAUGUUGGAACUCGAACUGGAAAUCCUGGAAUAGGUAGUGGUUUUGGAAGUGUAGGAGAGAUUUGGGGCAGUUCUCCUCUUUCUGUUAAAGGCGCAGAAGUAAACAGAGAAAAUGGAGGCAUUGCUGGCUCUACACCUUUAUAUUCUAUGACAAAUAAUCUCCGUGGAGAGAAUUUUGGGAACUUAUACGGUGGACCAUUUAAUGGGGAUCAGGCAUGGCAGCGUUCAUCAUCUCUAGAACUCGAGGGAUAUGGUUAUGGGCGUGAGAGUGGCGUAGCUGAGGUCACAUCUGAAACUGCAGCUGGUUAUGCCGGUGGUUAUAGCGUUAGGUCAAUUAGAGGGAUCGCAGCCUAGGAAAAUUUGUAUGUGGAUACGCCAAGAGUAUAUAGUUACUCCAACACCUGAUGUUCCAUGUGCAGGAGUACGUUCGAUAGAGCUAGUUCGUGCACUUAUUCAAGUGAACUCGUUACCAUGAGCAGUUAAGAAAAGAUUUCUGAAACUCGAGUAACUUCAUAUAGGUUUUGUUUCUUGUGAUUUAUUUGAAUGCAUCGCUCGUUUUCAUUAACAUCGGGACACCCCUUUUCGUUUCGUGUACUCUCUACUUGGUUAAAGUUAGUUAUGCGUUUCAGUUUCUUGCA